CAAAUAGUUGCGUACUGUUUCAUCAUCGCGGCUUGCCAGCAGGGGGCGCAGCACACAACAUGGCGGCUUCCUUGUCGCUUGUUGUGCUCUACCCGAACGGCCACCGGCAGGUUUUCCACGUCAACUCAAACACCAGCAUAUUCCAGAUUCUGGAAGAUGCCUGCAAGAAGCAGCGACUGGACCCGGCGGAAUACGAUCUGUACCACCACGAGCGGCCGCUGUCGCACAGCCUGCCGGUGUCGUUCACCAACCUGCCCAACAAUGCCGAGCUGGAGCUGCGCGCCGCCACCACGGUCCAGCGGCGGACCGCCGCCGCCGCCAACGUGGACAUCUGCCUGCAGCUCGAGUCCGGCGAGCGGCUCAUGGCGCAGUUCCCGGCCUCGGCGUCGCUGCUCGACGUCGUCUCCCGCUGGCCCGACAAGAUUGAGGUCCAAGACACAGCCCAGAAAAUGGACUUGGUUUGUGUCUACAUGAGGAAAGAGAUUGUCGGCAUCGAGCAGCUACGCGAGACAACUUUGCAGAAUCUUGGUCUCACGAGUGGCAGGGCUGCCAUCAGGCUUCUGCACAGGCCCAAAGGCACCGUUGUGCAGCAGGCCCACGUGAGCCGGCAUUUCGCGGUGCCAUUCAAAAAGGAGGGGGACCCACCCGCAGCCCGGAGCGCGAGCCCGACCCGGACGACGCGGCCCACAUCGCCAAAGCAGGCUCGGCCCACAACGCCCUGUAGUGACAUGGCCACCUCGCCAACACAGCCGAGAUCAGCGUCACCACAGUCGCAGCGCGACCUGCGCUGCUGA